GGCUAAACCGCCUAAUCCGGAGGGGUUUAUGAGGUCACUGCAGAAAUUCAUGAUGUCGCGCAACCUGCCGCUCGAUCCUAGUCCCGUUGUUUGCGGUCGCCCAAUCAACCUGGUCCAGCUUUAUGCUACGGUCAUGAAGCUCGGAGGAUCGAAGAAGAUAACGGCUGCGAAUAUGUGGCACGUCAUUGCACAGCAACUUCAGUUCCCGCCGAUGCAGCUGCCGAUGGCCAUGCAGGAGCUUAGGGAGCAUUAUCAGCGGAACCUAGCUGCGUACGAGCAGGCCUUCCUCAGCACCCAGCAGAAGCAAUUUGCGGACCAAAUGCAGCAAACAGCGGUGCCACGCCAACCCAGUGACCCGUCUGCCAUGCAGUUCCAGUCUCCAGCCAUCAAACCGGGCCAGGGUUUUGAAAAUGCACAGCAGAUGGGACACCCAUCGCCAAGCCCCGCGUCUGUAUCAAGUAGCGUACAACAUAACGCUUCGAAUGGUUUCGCGACACCUACACCUGUUAAAACCCAGGGCAAGCCGCAGAAUCAGCAUCGUCUCAGUAUUUCCCGCCAGUCACAGCCCCCAGCAACGCCCAAUGAUCCUACUGGCCAAAUGCCGAGUCAAUCGCCUGCGCAGCCGGGCAAAGGCCCAGGUCAAGUCCCCGGCAAGCCCUCGGAGCAGCUGGAUCAGUCAGAUCAGCCUUUGAAGCACCAGAUCGAGGAUCCCUAUAAACCCAUGGUCUUGCCAGAAAGCAAUUUCCAUGGACCCAUAGCCAUCGAUGAAAUGUAUCAGAUUGGGGAGGAUAUUACUCGAUUGAAGCCUAAUGUCCCCAGUUUUGCUGAGCUGGGUGUAAUUGAUAUCCACGCUCUUACAAUGAGCAUCAAAUCCGGGAUACAUGCUGAAAUGCGCAUGGCCUUGGAUACGCUUACAUCCAUAUCCUCAGAGCCGGCGAUCCAAAUAUCGUUAGAUAACUGCGACGAUCUGGUGGAGAGCUUAAUCGAAUGCGCCGAGGACCAAGCAGAGUUUCUCGCGGAACAUGCCGCAGAAGUGUCUGAUAUGAUGCUUCUAUCCUCAUAUGAAGAAGUCACUCGUGGGUGUCAAUCGGAAUGGACGUCUUUGGCGGAUGUUCCAGAAUUCGGCAGCCUCGACUACGAACUAGACCGUGCCGUCGACCGACUCAUCUGCAUUACAACCAUACUACGCAAUUUCUCGUUUAUCGAGUCAAACUUUGGAAUGCUGUCUACGCCUCCGGUUGUUCAAUUCAUGUCGACUAUCAUUCGUUACCUCGGCACACGCAAUAUGCUUCUAAGGACACAUCAGAACACAUUGGAUUUCAUGAAGGACACAGUAACAUACCUCAGCAACGUGGCUCACACCAUUCAGUUACCGAGUAAAGAAGAAGCCCUCUGUCUUCUGCAUUUCCUUCUUGCUUUUGCACCAUUCCCAGGACCUAUGGGCUCGGAGGGUAUUAUGUUCAAUUCAUACAACCCCUCAGUUCACAAGUACACACCGGCAGCGGUUGAUAGCUUGGCCAAGCUUCUGGCACGGGACGAGCCCAACCGGACAUUCUUCAGAGCAAUCUUCUCUGGCGAUGGUGUUUCCAUCCAGCAAGAGUUGCUGACUCGUGCCUUUGGUCUUGCCAUUUGCCCGGUCCCUGAUCAGCCGCGGAAACCCUUGGCUAUAGCGGAUGCUCGGAAGGUUUUCCUCAUGCAAGGCCUUUUGGCAGCGGAUAUCCUUUCAGGUUUUGCGGAUGGGCCUAUUGCCAAGUCAUGGCUGGAGUCGAUCGACGGGUUUGCCAUCCAUCUCCUGCGACUCUCAUGCCUCCUGAGCACGGAACGGGUUCCUCCACCGAACACCAACUCACGCCAAUCCCAUGCCGCAAGAGGCCAAGCGGAAGCGGAAGCUGCUGCUUACAGCUCCAUAAUCAAUCGGGGUUUGGCGAUUCUGCGUCGACUGGCCGAGAAGUCGAAGCUUGCUGAUUCCAACGCCACGUUACGGUUCCCCUCGGGGAUCAUCCCAAGGAAAGAAAGCUUGCUUGGCGCACUGCUGAUGCCUAGCAUAGAUCCUGGUGUUGUACGGCAAUUGAUAACUUAUGCACGACUAGCGGAAUGAAUGUGGUAACUUCUGGAACGGGUAGGGUUUUUCUGAGAUCAUUUCUAGCGCGCUGGUUAACCCGAAGGUUUCAUGUUUGGGCCACGCUUAGAACAUGCCUUGUUGAUGUUUGCUUCUGUCAUGUCUUCUACUUCCAACCUUGAGUAAACAACUAUCUACAUCUCCGUUUUCUCCCUUUCUGUUCUCUUUUCAUUUACUCUUUCUCUUUUGACUCUCUUACUCGAUCUCGUGUGUUUGGCGCCGGUGGGAAGAACCUUUUUUCUUUUAUCGAGAGAGGCGUGACAAUGUGUAUCUCUGUGCUUUACCGCUGUACAAUGUUCAAUACCCUCGGGCGACAAAAAAAUCAUGCAUGAUGUCUAAAUGGGUAACUCUACUUUAUCAUGGCUCAUCGACUGAACUUGUCUUAACCCGAUUGAUGCUGAUACUAUUACUGGUCUGAGC